AUGAUCACGAAGAGCUCUGUUCACAUGGACCAGGUGCGCUCCGUCUUGCAGGGACUCCACUCCGACAAGGGUUCCUCGGCAGCGGCACACAAAGAUAAACUGGCACAGACCAAGCUCCGAGAGCGGGAGAUGCGGGACGCAGCGAAAGCGGAUGCCCAAGCCAAGCGCCUCGCCAAGGAUCAGGAGCGCACCUCCCUCCGAGCCCUGGCCAAGGAGGAGCGCCUCACUCACGACACCAAGCGCGCCGCCAAGGAUUGCCGUGAGAUCUGCUUCCCGCACAAGACGUCCAAGUGA